AUGAGCGAGGAUCGAAAAAUUGCUGAAUAUGAGGGAAUUAAAUAUUAUUCAGAGGAAGGUCAGUGGUAUCGUUUACUUCCAAUUGGAGGAGGUCAAGUGCCUGUUGACAUCAAAAAAGCUAAAAGGCGUAUAGAAAUAAGCCUUCCUCAAGAGAAUCUGCUGGAUGUAUUCAAAUUUCUCGACUUUGAUCAAUUAUUGACUUUCCAACAAACAAGUUUUUAUUUCAAAAAUAUUGUUGAUAAAUAUGGAAAGGAAUUAGCUAGGAAGAAAUUUGCAAGGCUUGAAUUUCUUUCCAAAUGUGAAAAUGGUGAAUUUGUUAAAAUAGAAGAGCCUCAUCUUUAUGAUUUUGAAUUAAGUAAACAGCUUAAGAAAAAGUGGAUACGUGGAAUAGAAGAGUCAAUUCCAAUGUUUUUAAUACGUUCUGGUUAUAAAGAUGUAGACACUGUUGUUUGUGAAUUGGAACAGAAUAACAAAGGGAAAAAAGGUUAUAAUUUAUUAUUUGAGCUUAUUAUAGACCGGAGCGGGACGGGAGUGCGGAAUUUUGCGGGAAUAUUUUCGGAUGAGUUCCGCACUCUUUUUAAGGACUUCCGCAUGCGGGAUCCCGCAAAUACAAUUUUGCUGGUCUCUACUAUUUUAGUAAAAAUAUGCCAAAAUUCAAAAAUUUUUUUGACAAAAAAUUUUUGA